AUAUGAUCCAAAUGCGGAGCUAGACGUACAGCCAUGUUCACACUUACUCAAGUAACUGCUCCAGAAUGGAUGCUUCGGGCGUGCCAGCAGCCACCGGAGCGGACUCAGGUUCAAACACGAAAAAGCCCCCCUUUGGACAGUAGGUCCGGAAAUCAUUCUUUCCGCUGCACGAUCCCGCCAACACGAAACACACAUCCCCCAGUAUCUCAGUGCUGUUGACGGCUUCCUGCGUUCUCUCAACAUAUACAAACUGAUGUAGUCUUGCUUCUCUGCUGGACGCUAUGUUUGGCCUUUGUUUGAUAUCUCGGGUGGGCGCCAGUGCCAAGGUCCGGCCCGGUGGCAGUAGAAGCUCAUAAAGGGCGGGACAGAAAAUAGAGCUCUUCUUGACUUAAUCCUGUUUACCUCCUGCUUCUUGAUCGUCAACAACCUCCAGCUUGCAGCGAGAUCAUCGAGAGAUCAGUCAUGGAAAUGGAUCGCCCACGACGCAACUUCAAUCCAAGGAAGACCAGACGGUAUGGACGACAAACUUUUGAUCCAGAUUACCUCGUCAAGUACAGCCCCAAAUGGAAAUACUCACGUCUCUACAACUUCCCGUUCCCUGGGGCCCACUGGCAACCACGCAUGCGGACCAUGGUGAUUGCUGUCGAUGGAGGAUCCCGCGGCAACAAUCGCAACGACCCCAAAUCUCGAGCCGCCUAUGGCGUCUUCUUUGGACCAAACUGCCCCCGCAAUGCACACGGGCUGGUACCUCAGAGUGCGCCGCAAACCAGUUCCCGUGCCGAGCUUGAGGCGGUCCGCCAGGCUCUCGAAAUUGUCCAAGGCAUGAAACAUGCAGGCGACAUCGACGGCUGGCGUGAGAUCAUCAUCAAGCUGGACUCGGACUAUGUGGCGAAGAGCCUUGGUGAAUACAUCUGGACCUGGGAGAAGAACGGCUUCAUGACCAGAAAGGGCACCCCUGUGGAACACGGUGAUCUGAUUCGCGAGCUGCAUGGCACUAUUACGCAGUUGGAGCAGGAUGGAGCGGUGCGAUUCUGGAGGAUUGGGCGGGAGUGGAAUCGAGAAGCCGAUGCCUUGGUGAAUCAGGCCCUGGAUGAUGCGGCUGACAGCGGCUAUGGAGGAUCGUGAGGGUAUGGGCCAUGUUUCGUGAUACCGAUGUGGGAAUUCCGCUUUCGAAGCGUUGAUUUGGUUUCUUUUCCCGAUCCGCACUGCUGAGGACGCCUGCAUAGCAUUCCGGCACCUUGGAGCAUGCUUGGAUUUGUACUGGUAGUGAUGGGUGAAAAGGGGGUUGUCUGCACUGUUGCACUGCUUUACUGCUUUAGUCUUUUUUUUUUCUGUGUAAUGUUAAAACUGUGUACGGGUCUUGACUGGUCAAAGAGGGCGUGAGCCAGAUUCUGGGUCUCGAUCCAGCCUUCCAUCAUGGGUACCACAGUAAAUCCAUAGUCGAAGCUCGCUAGCAGAUCUUUUGGUUGACAAAUAUUGUCCAGCGUGGAUCCAAAGGUUGGAUCAAACCAGCUCACUAAAAGGGCCAAGUGUCUGCUAGACUGUGGGAUGAUACAAGACAGGGUGGUUGAGCUGGACGCUUGAG